AUGAUUUUUGAGAUUUAUAUUAAUUCAGUUAUAAAGGAGAAUAUAAAAACAGUAAAAAAAUAAGUUUAUGGGAAACUGAAUAUUAAGGGAAAUAAGUUAUUAAAAUAUUUUGAAAAUUUUUUUUGUAGUGGUGGAUUGUAUGGUGAAGAAGGAAAUGUUAUUAAAAUUGAUUCAUGGAUUGAGUUGCACGAUUUGUUUUCAGAUAAUUGUUAAAUUAUUUACUAGGGCGAAUAUCAAUAGGGUAAAAAGGUUGGUCUCUGA